AUGAAGGAUGAGACAAAGAGAGACUUAAUAAGUGAAUCAGCAUGUUUAAAACUAAAGAUGUACUCAGUUUUUCUAGCAGAAUAUGAUCCUAAAACUUCUGAAACGGAUGCAGAUUUCAAAAAAGAGUUAGAAGAGAAAGAAUAUAGAAAGUUACAGGAUAAAAAGAAAUGGGAGAAAAA